UUUGGUCCAUCUUCGACCCACCUUAAAGGCUUAAACCCUAAAAAUCGAACCUCUGGUCGCGCAUAAACCCUAGCUCCGUUGCCACAGAGAGAGAGAGAGAGAGAGAGAGAGAGAGAGAGAGAGAGAGAGAGAGAGAGAGAGAGAAAGAGAUGGGAAGCGACAGCGAAACAGAGAAAACUGCGCAAAAGGAGAGGGAGAAGAAGAAGGUCUUGGCCCUCGCCCCUAUUGCAAAACCCUUAGCCGGUAAAAAGCUCAGCAAGCGCACUUUCAAACUCGUCCGACGAGCUGCGGAGCUCAAGUGCUUGAAGAGAGGUGUGAAGGAGGUGGUCAAAAGCAUUCGUCGUGGCCACAAAGGGUUUUGUGUGAUUGCUGGGAACAUAUCUCCAAUUGAUGUGAUCACCCAUGUUCCUAUCCUAUGUGAAGAAUCUGAUAUACCAUAUGUUUAUGUUUCGUCAAAAGAAGAUCUUGCAAAUGCAGGAGCUACAAAAAGGCCAACAUGCUGCGUAUUGGUGUUAACCAAGCCUGCUAAGGGAGAACUCAGCCCGGAGGAUCAAGAAAAAUUGAAAGGAGAUUAUGAUCAGGCUGUGACCGAAGUUCGCGAGCUAACAUCAUCUAUGUUUUGAAAUUUUAUGGUUUUGAUGUUUGUACUUAGAAAUGUACUCUGCUUCAUUUGUUAGUGAUUGCUAAACUAUCUUCUUUUUAAUCUGGUUUGCUUGCUGGGAA